AUGGGACCAGGUCAGGCUUUGAUGUGGGGCAUCUCUGCCAAGCCCGUCAACACCGUCCAGUACGGUCCUGACUGCCCGGAAGACUCCCGGCACCGAGUGCUUGUCACGCAGACAACUCCUCCCGUGCUGCUUUUGGAGUUGAAUGCGCAGGCCACCUUCAACAUGAUGGAUCCAGAUACCUCCCAGGAUAUCCUUUUCGGCAUGGAUGCUGUUGUCCAGCUCCUGAAGAGCCCGAAGAUGAUGACUGGGCAGCCCUUGGCAUAUGUGAUCCAGGGCUCAGGUCCUCAUUUCUGCCCAGGUGGAAAUCCUAACCCCAAGCUCUACCCGGGCCACAUUGCCCUCACUGUCAAUCAGUAUGCUGGAUACCUACCCUUCAUUCGGUGCCGAGAGAUGGGCCUGCCUGGUAUUUGCGCAUUGCACGGCUCGCUGGUGGGCGGAGGAGUCGCCUACUCCUUGAACAAUCCAGUUCGCUUUGCCGACAACAAGGCAUCAGCGUGCUUCGGCAAUCUUAGCCGCGGCGCAGUGCCGGGCAUGGUGCUCUCCAGCAACAUCCCCCAGGCCUUGGGCCUGCAGGGCGCGCUGGACAUCUACCUCACCGCCGGGCUCUCAGCGUGUGGCUGA